AUGAUCACAACAUUGGUUGAGCGAUGGCAUUCAAAGACUUGUUCAUUCCAUUUACCCAAUGCUGAGGCAUUGAUUACUUUGGAGGAUGCCUGGUGCAUCUUGCACAUUCCCAUUCAUGGUGCUAGGGUGAUAUAUGAUUACAAAGUAGGGAUAGUCAGCAUGUGCGAGCUUCGUGAGUGUACUGAGGAGGAGCUCCAGAUCAGAGGUCAAUAUGAGAUCCCCUGGGAGGCGAUGGAUUAUGAUGACCUUACCAUUGUAUUAUGUAGCGUACUAGCAGGUUUAUUGAUUUCUGAUAGGUGGACACAUGGGUUGUCGAUUGGUUGGAGCAGGGUUAUUCAUGACAUGAUUGUUCAAGAAUGUGUGUUUGCGUGGGGUCCAUGUCUGCUUGCCACCUUCUAUCAUCAGAUGCACGACAUUGUGUAUCUUAGACAAAGAAACAUUGGAGGAGGUGUUACAUUACUCCAGGUUUGGGAAUGGGAGCAUAUAGUCAUUGCUCGAUCGACUAUUUAUGUGGAACUUCAGGAUGAGAAGCCAUAUGCAAACAGAUCAUCCAGCAUUGGAGGAAACGAUGAUGAUGAGGGGAGGGAGGAUAUAGAUAUGCCUGAUCUUGAGGAUGCUCCUUCCGUGGAGGGAGGUGGAGAUGGAGGACAGGAUGGAGAUGGUGAUGUUGAUGAUGAUGUGCAGGUGCUGAGAGCACGGAUUCGGAGUCAAGAGGAUACAUUGGCUAGAGACUGA